AUGAGUUAUUCUACAGAAGACAAUCCUCCAGUUGUUCGUCAACCUACUUCAUUACAGGCGUCGCCAUUUGAACGAGAAUGGAGCAGCGGACUCUGUGCUUGCAUUGAUGAUCUAACAAGUUGUUUUCUGGUUUUACUUUGCCCUCAUUGCUAUAUGUGCUACUUAUACAAAAAGGAAGGUGAAUCAUGCUGGCUUCCAGUAUUCGGCGCUGGAAUUCUGCCACUGCGUAUUAAACAUCGUAUCACGAACAGAAUAAAGGGUACUUUAAUGAAUGAUUUUUGUACUUCAUGCCUUUGUGGGCCGCUAGCCGUCUGUCAAUUGAAGCGUGAUAUAGACUCCAUAAAAUCGAAGAACACGGGUGGUUAA